CAAUCUCCUAUUGAUAUCAAUACAAAAUCCGUGUCAAUCAAUACAUCACUAUUUAUAGACAUCAAGCAUUAUGAAUUUGAAUUUCACAACUUUAAAAUCAAUAACAAUGGACACACAGCCCAGUUAGUACUAGACUAUUCCGGGGAUGAGACAAAACCUCAACCCUUCAUAACAGGUCUGGCCCUCAACAAUGAGGUCUAUUUGAUGGCUCAGUUGCACUUCCACUGGAGUGACCACAAGGGCAGGGGUUCUGAACAUGCAUUCAAUGGUCGCACCUAUUCGAUGGAGAUGCACAUUGUUCACUUUAAUAAAAAAUACGAUAAUAUAAGUGAAUCGAUGCACCAUAAGGACGGUCUGGCAGUCAUUGGUGUGAUGUUUGAGAUCACUCGCAAAGAAAAUCCACAUUUGGAUGCCAUUAUAGAGGGGGUGCGAGCCGUCAAGAUAGAGGGCACCGAAGACUUUCACUCAUCGCCACAAUUCCGCCAAAACCCGAUCCAACCGACCAUUAGGUUGGAGAACCUGUUGCCCAAUGACUUGACUCUAUUCUUCAGGUACAAGGGCUCCCUGACCACCCCACCAUGUUACGAGGCAGUCACAUGGCUUGUAUUUCAUGACACCACUGACAUUGGACUCAAACAGAUCCAGAGCUUUCGGGAGUUAAUGAACUCGGAGAAAGUGGUAAUGAGUGACACAUUCAGACAACUCCAGGCCCUCAACGAGAGGCGAGUGGAGGCGUCGCGACGGCUGAGCGAUCCCAUGACAGGCGCCGCAACACAUGUCGAUCGCAAUCAUCUCUUAACACAUCUCUCGUUAAUAGUCUCUAGUCUUCUCAUUAUUACCAAAUAUUAGACAUCAAAACCACAUUUCAUAUGAAUAUCACUUAAUCCAGAGCUUAAUAUAUAGAUAUAUUUUACUGUUUAAUGAAAUUAAAGUGAGAUUUAAUUGAUUACUGAGGGGUUACCGAUGAAAUUGAAUGAAACGUGAAAACUUAAUCAUAACAUAUUUUUGAAGCAUCUAGGAAAUACUGUUUAGUAGAUUUACAGCAAAUUAGUUUUGUUUUUUGA